AUGCUUCUCAUCAAGACUGUUGCCCUUCUUUGCUCAGCCACGGCUGCGAUGGCUGCCAGCGCUGUUGUCUCUGGAGCGAUCUUUGAUGGAUAUGAUACCACAGAUCAAUCUGCGAGCCCCGUUGACAUCUAUAGCAAUCCCGAAAACCACGCCGCUGCCGCCGCAUCGAUCCUGAUCUUCUCGGCCAACGCUGUUAACUUUCAUCCUGCGUCGCAGGAGCCCAAGGCGCUCGGUCAGAACCUUGAUCCGUUUGUGACGAAAGCCUCAACCUUCCCCGGAUUCUUAUCGACACAGAUCAUUGAUCAAAACCUCGCGCUUAACGGCUCUCUCACCCAGUUUGAAAAGGUCAUCCGCGAGAAACUCAAUGACCCUCUUACCGCUCGUGCUUUCCGUGACCUCGUCCCUGGUUACAUUCAAGACAAGUCGUUGAAGGAAUGGAUUCUCAGCCUCAUCGUCCUCUCCAAGCCUGAAGGCUCCGACACUGUCAAUGUCAGACUGACUCGCGUGUCUUUGAUCAUCCACUCGGACAACACUCAGACAGCCUUCAUCCCCGAGCAGACUGCGCGGAUCAUUGUCGCUGACCACAAAGUCCUUACGAACGUUUUGGUUUCAAAUGCAGACAGGUUUGCCAACUCUAUCCCGGUUUACCAGGUCCGCGAUUUCAUCGACUUUUUCGCUUCCCCCAAGGUUCCUUCUGAGGACGACCAGAUUCAACACGGUUCUACCUCUUGCACCAAGAAGCGACCUAUCUUCAAGAACCAACAAACCGUUAUGUCCUGGUUCCUCUAG